AUGCAUUCAAAAGAAGUCAUCGGUUUGGUCCAAAAGAAGAGAGAAGACGGACUCAGCAUCCGAAAGAUCGCCGCUGAGAUGGAGCUACCGAAAGAGACAAUCCUUCUUUUUCCCUUUUUUCCUUUCUUAAUUUUCUCUUUUUCUUGUAUAUUUUUUCUUUUUACUUCUUUAUUUCUCUUCUUUUUUCUUCUUUUUAUUCGUUAUCCCCAUUUUCUAUAUUCUUUUCUCUUCUUUUCUCUUCUAGAAUGUUUCUCCUUUUUCUCCUUUCUUUCUUUUCUCUUCUUUUUGAAUGUUUUUUUUUUCCGUUUUCUCUUUAGUUUUCUCUUCAUCUUGUAUGUUUUUCCUGUCUCUCCUUUCUUUCUUUCUUUCUUUCUCUUCUUCUUGUAUGUUUUUCUCUAUCUCCAUUCUUUCUUUUCUCUUCUUCUUGUAUGUUUUUCUUUCUCUCCAUUCUUUCUUUUCUCUUCUUCUUGUAUGUUUUUUUUAAUCUUUUUUUCUUUUCUUUCUUUACUCUUCUUGUAUAUGAUUUCCUUUUUCUCCUUUCUUUUUUCUUCUUCUUGUAUGUUUUUUUUUCCUUUUUCUCCUUUAUUUCUUUUCUCUUCUUCUAAGUUUUUUUUUCCUUUUGUCUACUUCUUUCUUUACUCGUCUUCUUCAAAGUUUUUCCUCUCUCUCCUUCCUUCCGUUUCUCUUCGUCUUGUACGUUUUUCUUUUUUCUCUAUUCUUUCCUCUUCAUCUUGUAUGUUUUUUCUUUUUUCUGCUUUCUUUCUUUUCUCUUCUAUAUUUUAA